GAUGCAGUUGGCAGGCUGUCCACACGAGUGCGCUGGUGUGCUGUGUUCACUGGCUUCCUCUACUACUCUCUCUUGGACUGUGUUUUUCCUGUAAAAUUCCUCCUUUGGCAGUUUGUUCAAAAUGACUGACACGGACCAAAGUUAUCCCGGAAUAAGGACAGCACGCAUGUGCCGUCAACCCGGAUGUAAAAUUGACGUGUCGUUACCCCCCCCCCGUUCUAUUGCCUGUGCAAAAAACAUGAUAUAUUACAGUGUGUACUGUUUUCAAAGCAAAGGCCAGAGAAAGACAGCAGUUAUCCCGGGCUGGUCCGGGCCAGUCCUUUAACUCUGCAUAGAAACGGGACCAAACACCACCCAGAGCAAACGUAAAACAUCGACAUUAACAUUUAACAAGCAGGCUGUUGAAUAUAUCACUCGAGUUGGCAAUAGUACAUGAUUUUAUUUGCAGUAUUACUACAGACAUUUUUUUUAAAUCUCGGUUUUGUUUAAUUUGGUUAAGCGCAGGAGUGACAGACUAGAAAGGUGCAAUUAGCCUAAUGGAUUUUCGGGGUAAGAAGUACGAGAGGGGCAGUAACUGGUCCGACCCAGAGGUGGUAGAGCUGCUGCAACUGUGGUCAGACGAAUCGGUCCAAAUGGAGCUAGAAAGCUGUCUUCGGAACCAGCAUGUCUUUAACAGAAUCGCAGAGGUGCUUCGGGAAAAGGGCAUUCACCGAACCGGCGAUCAGUGUCGGGAGAAAAUAAAGAAAAUGAAGCUGGAGUACCGGCGGAUCAAAGACAAUCAGAAGACACUCCGGGGAGGUAGAACGUGGAAGUUUUACGAAGUGAUGGAGCGGGUUCUGACGAACCGGCCGUCUAUCGCGUACAGCUCCCUGGGAGGCAGUGUGAUUGCCCAUCAGGUGCUGCAGGGUGUGCCCGGAGUGGAGGGCUACCAUCUUCACCCCCAGCACCACCCCGCCUUCGGCUCUCCCCCACCCGGCGCCUUCAUAUUCGGACACCCCCCCAAACUCGGCGAGCUGAUGGAAAUUAAAUGCGAGGAAGUGGACUCGGAGGAGGCAUGCAUGACCCCAGAACCCCCGCCGGAGUUAAUGUACCAGAUCGGGUCCGAGGAAGAACCGGAGGGGGACAGAGGGUUGGGACUGGAGCUAGAUGGUCCCAUGGGAGAUGGCCGUGGGGAAGGUCAGGCCGAGGCAAGCAUCUCUCCCUCAGGUUUCAGCGAGAGAAACAUGGCGUCCGCUCCGGGUUCCGGUGCCGGGGGCUCUGGGGGAGGCAGUGGUUUUCGAGCGGGGUCGUCUCUGGGUUCCCUGCCUCGUUUGCGGAAGCGUCGAAGGGUGGGUCGUGGACGGGAGCCGCUAGACGAGGCCCUGGUUCGUUUCCUGAGCUCACAGCGUGCUGUGGAGGAGCGCUUCCUGGCUCUGGAGGAGUGCCGGCUGCAGCGGGAGGCCGAGGCGGAGCAGCGGAGAGCCCAGAUGGAGCAGCGGAGGGCUGAGAUGGAGCGCCAGCACGAGUUCCGCAUGUUCAGUGUCUUCACUCACAUGGUGAGCACACUGCGGCCCGACAUCCCCCCACCACCCCUUUCUCACAGGAACAGAGCCAGGGAGGAGGAGGAGGAGGGGGGAGGGCUGUACCCACGACCAAGCAGCGACCCCCUCAGGGCUAGCCCCUACCUGUCGAGCCGUGGGAACCGGAUCCGAGACUUCGAUACCAUACUGCAGGAGGGCUACAUCAUAUACCACUCUGACAAGCACGACGAGGACAAAAACCCAAGUGGCAUCAUCAACUUGGGAACCAGUGAAAACAAGCUGUGCUUUGACCUGCUUUCUAAACGGCUGACUCAGACUGACAUGUUCCAGAUCGACCCUCCUUUGCUGCAGUACCCUGACUGGAAAGGACAUAGUUUUCUGCGUGAAGAAAUCGCCAGGUUUCUUACCUAUUACUGCAAGGCACCGGCCCCUCUGAAAGCAGACAAUGUUUUGGUGGUGAAUGGCUGUGGAUCUCUGUUCUCCUCUCUCGCAGCGGUUCUCUGUGAUCCAGAAGAUGGAAUCCUGAUCCCAACCCCCUUCUAUGGAGUGAUCACUGGGGACGUCCUUCUCUACAGCAGCGUCAGGCUUGUGCACGUGCAUCUCGACAGCCAGAUGAGUGGCAGUGAUGAGCGCCCCUUUCAGCUGACUGUGGAGAAGCUGGAGAAAGGUCUGGAGGAUGCUAAACAGGAGGGCAUCUCUGUCCGGGUCAUGAUUCUCAUCAACCCCCACAAUCCUCUGGGAGAGAUCUACACACCCUCAGAGAUGAAAGAAUUCCUUGAAUUUGCAAAGAGACAUGAACUCCAUGCCAUCGUGGAUGAGGUCUACAUGCUGUCUGUGUUUGAUGAGUCUGCCACCUUUCACAGUGUCCUCAGCUUCAACAAGAUUCCGGACCCGCAGAGAACGCACGUGAUGUGGGGAAUCAGUAAGGAUUUUGCUGCCUCUGGGCUGCGUGUUGGCACUCUGUACUCGGAGAACAAGCAUGUCAUCGAUGCACUGGGGCAGAUGGCCUACUUCCACGGGGUUCCUGGGACAACACAGCAGCAAGUGGCCCAUCUGCUUCAUGACAGAGACUGGAUUAACCAGGUGUACCUGCAGACAAACCGGGACCGCUUGAAGGCAUCACGCCAGUACAUAACCAGCGAGCUGAACUCGCUCAAUAUCCCCUAUCUCGACCGGCCAGCUGGGUUCUACAUCUGGGCAGAUUUCAGAAAGUACCUCAGGGAAGAAACAUUUGAGGAGGAGAUCGCUCUCUGGCGCCAGUUUCUCAGCAACAAGGUCCUGCUUAGCUGUGGUAAAGCAUUCGAGUGCAGCAAGCCGGGCUGGUUCCGAAUCAUCUUCACAGACAAGACCUACCGGCUCCAGUUAGGAAUGCAGAGACUAAGGGAAGUUCUGGAUGAUCGGAAUCUAGAUAACCAAUUAGACGGCCUGAAAAAAUUGAGCCAGUCAGAGGAAAAAAAUAAACCCAGUUCGUCAGAAGACAGAAAGAAGCCUAGCCAAUCCGAAGAGAGGAAAAGUCUUGGCAAAUCGGAGGACAAGAGAACUGUUGUGCAUUCAGGCCCUGAUCAUGCACUUGACUGCAGCAAUGAUGAUAUUGUGGAAGAUGCCCUCCAAUCAGCGCCCUCCAUCGGAGGACUGGGCAGUCUCAUUGGUGUUCUCAGGCAGCAGAUCCACUCCUCUGAUUGGCUGGAAAGGAACACCCCAGAAUUGUUUGCGCAUGAGAACCCAGAAGUGUUUGAGGUAUUUAACAAACUCAUAGAGAGGGCAAAAGAAUGAUAUAAAAAAGAAAAGGGCAAUUUUUAUCCAUAUAGGGAUAUAAAGAACAGACGACUCCAGACUUUUAGUAACAUCGAAAUACUGCUCUGGAACAGACACAUAUUUUUAAGGUUGUAUUACAUACAGAAUUAUAGCUUUAUGUACAGUGUUACUGGUUUUCAGUUGUAAACAAUACAAUUAAAAACACCAUCUAAUGGCAACAUAUCGAAGAUGUACACACGCGUCCUUCAAAACGUUUGUCGUCAGCCGUCCGCUUCUUUUCACUCUGCAGGCCCGCCGUUGCAGCUACCCUCAGAGCUACAGCGUCGGAGGACCA